GGCGCCGACCGGAAGCGCUCGCUCUGCGCCGCGCUGGGGGCGUUGUGGCGGCGGGCACCAUGGUCUUCCUCACCGCGCGGCUGUGGCUGCGGAACCGCGUCACCGAUCGCUUCUGGCGCGUGCAGGAGGUGCUGCAGCACGCCCGGCACUUCCGGGGCAGGAAGAACCGCUGCUACCGGCUGGCUGUGCGCGCCGUGACCCGGGCCUUGGCGCGGAGCACGCUGGGACGGCGGCUCAAGAAGAGGACGCUGCGCGCCCUCUGGAUCAGCCGCAUCGGCGCCGCCUCCCAGGAGCAUGGGCUCCGGUACCCCAGCCUCGUGUCCAACCUGGUCAAGUGCCGCGUGGAGCUGAACCGGAAGGCGCUGGCCGCGCUGGCCGUCCACGAGCCCAAGACCUUCAAGGCGCUGGCGGCGCUGGCGCGGCGGCGGCGGGAGGAGGGCCUGGCUGCGGCCCUGGACGGCGCGGCCCCCGGCGUGUUCACGCGGGCGGCCUAGGGCGGCGGGCGGCGGGGGGCUCGGGCCGGUCGGCACCCCAAUAAAGCUGACGUGCGCACU